CGGAACCCAGCGGCUCCCAGUUCAUCUUCCGAACCUAAAAUAACCAACGACCGUUGCGCCGAACCUGAAUUUUAAAACUUCAUCUUCCUCUUUCCCGUCUCUCAUCUUCCGCCCCUCUAUUCUCUUCCCAAACCCAAACUUCUCUCUGUUUCUGUAAUUCUUUCCUCGCCCCGCAUUCGGAAAAAAAUCAGAAUAAGCUGCAAAAAGACAAAAUUGUACAAGAAUGGUUCGCAAGAAUUGCAAGAGAUCUCCGGCCAAAUCUAUCAGAGACCUCCGCAGCCAUCAACGGCGGCGCCACCUCCACAACCGGAAAAGGAACGGCGGCGACGGCAAUGCCACCAACAACGGCAAAGAUGCCUCUUCCGCUUCCUGCUCAACCGCCCUCCUCUCCACCAUCAGCAGAAAGGCUUCGAGAUGCAAGAACCGCCUCAUCAGAAUCUUCUCCAAACUGGCCGCCUUCGUCGACACUCCCAAGACCGGCAGCCGCUACAGAGGCUACCAAAUGCUGAAGGACCGGCUGGGAGGGAGCCACGACGUCAUCGGAGCUGAAUGCUCUGUUCGCAAAAUCCUCUGUUUUGAAGACCCCUUGCCGCCGUCGAUCUCCCCCAGCAAGCCGACGGUGUUCCUCGAUCUGGACGAGACCCUGGUCCAUUCCGUUGCCAACGACCCGCCGGCGAUCUUCGAUUUCAUUGUCCGGCCGAGGAUCGGAGGCACCUGCGUCACUUUCUACGUCUUGAAGCGGCCGGGGCUGGACGAAUUCUUGGAGGCUCUGGCGAAGAAAUUCGAGCUGGUGGUGUUCACCGCCGGAUUGGCAGAGUACGCUUCCAUGGUUUUGGACAAUGUGGACAGGAAGAAGCUGAUUUCUCACCGGCUUUACCGCGAUUCGUGCAAUCAGGUGAACGGGAUGUAUGUGAAGGACUUGUCGAGGACUGGAAGAGAUUUGACCAAUGCAGUGAUCGUUGAUGAUAACCCGAACGCCUAUUUGCUUCAGCCGGAGAAUGCGAUUCCGGUGAGGCCCUUUGUCGAUGAUCUUGGGGAUGCAGAGUUGGCGAAGCUUGGGAAGUUUUUCGAUGGCUGUGAUGGAUUUGGUGAUAUUAGGGAUGCUGUGAAGAUGUAUGUUAGUAGUGGAAGAAAUGAGGCCGGUGAAGAUAUGGCGAUUUCAUAGUUAGGUGGGGGGAUCUACUACUGGUUUCUCGACCAGCUCGAUUGAAUUUGGUUUUCCGAACUUUUUGUGUGGUUCUUUGUUUCUUCUUCUCCGUUUUUGAACAAACUCUUGUUCAAAUCCUCUGAAGAAACUAUGGAUAUUAACUAAUGAAAUUCAUCUUACAUU